AUGGCAAUCCAUGGUGGGGGCUUCACCUUUCUUCCUCGUGGCCUCACCAGAACUCUACAUGUGGAAAUGAUUGUCAAUGCUUUGUUUCGAGACAGGAAAAACGUCCUACUGAAGUUGAAGAAGAGGGUGGACCUCAGCGAGUCAUACACUCUGAUCCAGCCGCAUCCAAAUUUCGCCCACACAGAGUUUGGGGUGUUAGUCAAUAGCUUCGCCGGUUACACCAAACCAAUAAACGCCUUCAUGAAAGAUUACAUUUUACUUGGCAUUAUUCCAGCAUCAGCUGUACGAAAUGGAAGUGAAGGUUUCACAUCCAACGGGAACAUAAUCCAGUUUUCAAAUUGCGACGGAACACCCCACAGCUACUUUGCAUUCUUUCCUCACUACAAUCUGGAACCUCCCAGUAACCGUUCUGACUCUGGCGGUGUGGCGGACAUUUGGCGCUCUAAGGCAAUUCCCAUCACCUAUCCUGACCACAGUAUGCCGAACGAGUUCUUUUACUUGACAGAAGUGCAUUUUGGAGGUUGUGGCACCUACUCAUCCAGUGACCAAUGGACCAAAUAUGGCUUUAAUGCCACAGCCAUUGGAAUUCGCUAA